AUGGCCUCUCUGGAGCUCCUUUACAUAGACAAUAGAGGAAGAACAAAUGAUGUCCUUGAUUGGGCAUCAAAUCCGCAUCAUGUUCAUAGGUCAAGUAGUCCAGCCGGAGAAGCAAUCUCAAGAGUGCAUGACUACACUCACGCUCAGAAUGCGACUGUCAGCGAAGGACAAUGUAAUUCAGCACCACGGACGGCUCCACACAAAGGGCUGCCUGGCAGACAGUACCAUCAAACAGCGGAGAAGGUCAAAGUGUGCUGCGACGAGGAAUUAGAGACUUCUUUUACUUACGUCGAUGAAAAUGUCAAUCUACGAUUGGCAAGCCCGGACACUAAUGGGAAAACCUCCAUCCGCGGGACAUCUUGCCACAGCUCCUCAAACGAAAUUCGUCCGGAGGGAUUUCAGGAGCUUUCGUUAAUGUCUGACACUGAUCUCGCCUCGGAGAGUUCUGGAAAAUCCGUGGAUUACGGAUUUAUCAGUGCGGUAACGUUCCUCGUCACCGGCAUCUCGCUAGUUAUCAUAUCCUACGCAGUGCCUCGUGAAGUUACAGUGAAUCCAGACAGCGUCUCCGCUAGGGAGAUGGAAAGGCUUGAGAACGAGAGCGCAAGAAUAGGUGCUCACCUGGACAGGUGUGUGAUUGCUGGGCUAUGCCUUCUUACGCUGGGUGGAGUAGUGCUGUCUACAUUAUUGAUGAUAUCCAUGUGGAAGGGGGAAAUGUACAGGAGAAAAGCCUUCGCGUAUUCCAAGCACUCGGCAAAACUUUAUGGCUCCAUUAAUUUUAAAACAAGGUCAAGCCCCAGUCGAUCGUCUCCACACAGCUUUGUUGAAGAGGACAAUAACGACACUCUCAGCUGA